AUGCAACAAGAAUUUGAUUUGUUAUCCGCUGCGGCAAAAAGUGGUAACAAUUCGGAUUGUUCUAAGUACUUCAAAGAAUUCUGUGCUGCAUUUCUCAAAGACCUUUGCAAUGAAAUUCCUGCUAGUCUUUUUUCUAAAUUAAUUAAAAAGAAAACAGCCUUUACUGCUGGUCUAGACUAUUUCAACAUUAUUAUAACAUCAGAUAUAAUGUCAAAAAUCCAACUAAUCGACUUCCAUCAAGGGAUUUCUUCUUUAUUUAAAUUAUUAAUGCACUAUAGAAUGAAAAAGGAGAUACAUUUUCAGAGUUUUGACCUAUUUCUCACUAUUCUAGACUAUUUCGAAAACACAAAUGAUACCGUAAAGCUUAAAUUGCUCGGUGAUUUGAUGGUUUACGGUAUGGACAUGUCGCAGUUCAUAGAAAACCCAGAAUCACUUUAUAAUUGCUAUAUACCAGAUACAAAAAUAGAGCCGGAAUACAAUCCAAAGCAAUUCGUGAAACUUUAUGAGAAAUUUUUAAAACAUUUCAAGCAGCAUCAGUCAGCUUUCACGUAUUGGUGGACAAUAAUAUGUGAGUCAUUUUUGCCUGUCAUAUUUAACUCAACUUCGUCCCAAAUCAAAUUAAUCAAAAAUCCAAAAUAUAAUUUGAAUUUAUUCGCAUCCGCAUUGCUAGAUCCAUCUAUCGAUGCAAGUAAGAUGAGUAAGUUAUAUCCAGAAUACAUAUUAUUGGUUAUUUCCGAAACUGCAGAAAAUACUGCGAUUUCUUUCUUCGAAAAGUACUCGGAUUAUUUAUCAAAUAUUGUCAUUUCGGCUGCUGAUAGGUUCUGCAGCUCCAUUCUUCAUUUCUUAACGCUACAAUCCCAAUUUUAG